AAAUCCUAAAACUAAAUUGCAUUAGCCCAAAACCAUUUCCAUCUAUUUAAUCUAAUUCAAUCCCAAAUCAUAAAUUACCCCAAAACCGUUCACCUUGUGUUGUGGGAGACUGAGAAUUUGAACUCUCAAACCCGUUGGAACCAACAAUUUCAAACCCUACUCUUCUCCAAUGUCGUCUUCCGCCGCGCUCCAUUUCCAAUCUCCGAUAGACUCCACGGAGGCGCCGCCGCAUUCUUCCUUCCUUCAUUUUAAUGCUGACUGCUUAAACCCUUCCGUCUCCGCCGCGCGCACGAAGCCCCGACCGAGGCUAGUCAAACUACGCAAGCAGUCUGCGUCUCAGCAGGCCAGGUCCCGGAACAGAGCUGGCGCCGACGACGGUGGCGCUGGCUUCAAUCCGUUUCGCGCCGAUCAGGUAACCGGUAAUGGUAGUAUAUUAGAGGGUGGUUUUUCGAACUCUCGUGGUGACGAUGGUUUUGUGUUUGGCGCUGGGAAGGCUGAGUCUGACUCAGCUAGGGAUUUGAAGGGGGGAAUUAGGAGUGGUGGUUUGGAAUUUGUGUUUGGUGCUGGGAAGAGUGACGAGGGAUUGAAAAAGAACGGUGCGAGUGUAGCGGAGACGGUUUGUGGUGAGGGAGGGAAGGUGGGGUCAAAUUCGGAGGGGGAGUUGAAGAGUAGGGUGUUUGUGUUUGGUGCUUCUAUAAAUAAUUUGGAUUCUGGCUUCAGUACAGAAAAGGGGAAAUGUUUUGUGGGGUUGGGGGACUCGGGUGCGGGGAAGGAGUGUAAGUAUGAAUUUGAGUGUGGACAACGUGAUUGCUUUGGGGGUGGCUAUAGUGGUAGGGAGUCGAGUGUUAAGGUGGAGAAGAAAGAGCCUGCUGGGUGUGGGUGGAAUUCAGAUGUUGGAAUGGGUGCUUUUGGUGUCAAGAUGGGAAUGAAUGCUAAUAGUGACACAGGUGCUGAUUGGUAUGAUCAUUUGGGCAAAGGUGUUAAGUGUAAGAGUGGAUGUGGGAGUGCUAAUGGUAUUUCUGCUACUUCUGGUGGCGUUCCAGUGCGUAAUUUAUCAGAUGAGAUGGAGAAACUUAACAUCAAACAUUCUGAGGGUGCUGAUAUUACUAGGAAUUCGAAGAAUUCACAUGCCAAUGGUUAUACUGCUGGUUUUGUUUUUGGAGGAAAUGACAUGGGUUUUGGUUAUUCUAGUGUUAGUUCAAAAACCAAAGCUGGUGGUCAGCAGUUCUGUGCCCAUGCUGCUUCUGGGAAUGUUGGCGUUCAAAACGGAACUGCUUGCGGUAUUUCCUCUGAUUCUACAGGAAUACAUUCUAAGCCAUCCACUAGUCAGGAAGGCGUCACAGAUUUCCAGAAUGGCAAAAAUCCAGGAUGUUUUGUGUCUGAAGAUUCGAAAGUGAAUGGAGCUGCAGCGUCAUUUUCCUUCUCAUCAUCUGGACUUGAUUCCCAUCCAAACUAUGCUUCCAUGCGCCAUCCCUCAAGUGCAGAUGGUGAUAAGGGCGAUAAUUGUUUUGCAAGUACUCCAGAGACUUCCCAAGAAUCUUUUGCUGACUUCAAACCCCCAAUAUGGGAUCCUUCUUGUUUCAAAGAUAACUUAUUUCCAAAGUUGAAUGGAAAAGUUGAAUCCACACAGAAGGGUCGAUCAUGUAAGGAAAAAGGAUCAAAAUGUACAAGGCGAAAAUCAAAGCUUCAUUCUUUAAACAAGAAAGAGACAGGGCCAGAUCAUUUGUCAAAAGAAAACAGUUCACUCAAAACCCCUGAGUUUUCUGGUGUCCACUCACCAAUGGAUUUUUCUCCGUAUCAGGAAACAACAGCAAGUGGUCAAGAUGUAAAUGCUUCUAAAGGAUUAAAUGAUCUGCAUUCAACAAUUCCUACUGAUUGUAAAGGUGAAAACUUGCCUACUAUGGGGAGAGAAGAUAUGAGUACAACCGAUAGAAGACAUGGAGAUCUGGAUAAAAAUAAACGAGUUGAAAAUUCGUCUGUUGACAGUUCUCAUUCUUCUGGCCCUGAGAUAGUCUGGCCUAAUUUGAAAACUGAGCAAUUCUGCGGUGGUAGUGAAGAAGGAGCUUCAGUUGGUGCUGGUGUUGACUUCACCUCAAAUAUUGAAAGGCAAAAGGAUGAUAUUUUUCGUUUUGUUCCUGGUCUGAAUGAAUCUAAGGGGAAAGAUUUUUCGUUUUCUGCAUCUUCAACUGUGGUUGGUACUCCAUCAGUAAAGCGUCAACAAAAGAAGAAAUUUAGGAGGAAAGGGGGGUGCAACUCUUUUGUUAUCUCGCCUCAUGUGAAUGGGAAGUUUGUAUCUUCCGGACAAUUUUCACCACAUAGCACUGCCAACAUGUCAUCAAAUUCUGAUGGGAUGGAAAGAUCUCAGAUAAAUGGCUAUUGCAAGGAUGGGGAUGUUGCAUCAUCAGAGGCAAUUCCGUCAUCAGCCUGUGACAAGUGGAGACUCAGGGGAAACCAGGCCUACAAAGAUGGAGAUCUUUCUAAAGCUGAGGGUUUCUACACACUAGGAAUAAAUUCUGUACCUUCAAGAGAAAGAUCUGGAUGCUCGCUUCAGCCUCUUUUACUAUGCUAUAGUAAUCGUGCUGCAACACGAAUGAGUCUUGGAAGAAUUAGAGAGGCUCUAGAAGACUGCACGAUGGCUACUGCUCUGGAUCCUUCCUUUCCGAAAGUGCAGAUGAGAACUGCUAGCUGCCACCUUUUGCUAGGGGAAGUAGAAAAUGCUCAGCAGUGUUUUAAUAAGUGCAUGGAAUCAGGUAGUGUUAUUUGUUUGGAUCGGAGGGUUAUAGUUGAAGCAGCUGAAGGUUUACAAAAGGCUCAGGAAGUUCUCAAGUGUAUAAAUAAUGCUGCCGAACUUUUAAAAGAGAGGACUUCUGAUGCAGCUGCAACAGCGUUGGAACUAGCUUCUAAGGCAUUGUCUAUAAGUUUAUACUCAGAAAAAUUGCUGCAAAUGAAGGCAGAGGCUUUAUGUUUGCUACGAAAGUAUGAAGCAGCAAUUCAGCUUUGUGAACAAAGUCAGCAUCUUGCAGAGAAAAAUUUUGUCUUGGCAAACAAUGCUCAGGUUUCUGAUAGUUCCUUGUGUGAUAGUUACUCAGGUGUAAAAUUGUGGAGGUGGUCAUUGAUAUCCAAGUGUUACUUUCGUUUGGGAAGGCUUGAGGCAUCACUUAAUGUUCUAGAGCAAUUACAGCAUGCCGUGUCUGUCAGUGACAAGUGUGUGAUUGAUAAUAUUGAAGACUCAUUAUCAUUAGCUUCUACAAUAAAAGAACUUCUAGACCACAAGAGGGCAGGGAAUGAAAACUUUAAAGUGGGAAAGUAUACAGAAGCUAUAGAGAAUUACACUGCUGCUCUAUCAUGCAAUAUUAAAUCAUGUCCUUUUAUGGCAAUAUGUUUCUGCAACCGUGCUGCUGCUCAUCAAGCUUUGGGUCAAAUCGCCGAUGCAAUUGCAGACUGUAGUGUGGCUAUUGCUCUUGAUGGAAGUUAUGCAAAGGCAAUUUCAAGAAGAGCCACCUUACUUGAGAUGGUUAGAGAUUAUGAACAAGCAUCUUGUGACCUUAAGAGACUUAUAGCUGUUCUUGAAACUCAAUCCAAUGAAAGGGACAAACAGUCUGACUCACCCAAUGGAUCAAAAGGUGUGAAAGAAUCAAGGCAAGCUCGUCAACGUCUUCUUUCAGUGGAAGAUCAAGCCAAAAAGGGGACACCCUUGGAUGUUUACCUCAUUUUAGGAAUCAAAUCAGUUGAUACAGCAACAGAUAUCAAGAAGGCAUACCACAAGGCAGCUCUCAGACAUCAUCCGGACAAGGCUGGUCAGUUGUUGGCAAGAAAUGAAGUUGGAGACGAUGGCCAAGUUUGGAAGGAAAUCUCACAGGAGGUGUACAAAGAUGCUGAUAAGCUUUUUAAAAUGAUUGGAGAAGCAUAUGCUGUGCUUUCAGACCCAACUAAGCGCUCGGAGUAUGAUUUGGAAGAGGAUAUAAGGAAAGCUUGUAAGUUAAAUAACAGAGAUGGCACAAGCAGGAGAUCUUCAGAUGCUUAUGGGUUUGGAAGACCAUGUGAUGGUUACAAAUCUUCUUCUGACAGAAAUUCUAACAGACGAAACGGACGGGAUCAUUGGAAGACAUAUGGACAUUCAUAUUCUCGAUGGUAAGAGGAUACUAAGGUCAUGGACAUAGAGAUUCCAUAAUUGAUGUGCCCCAGUUUCAUGAUGGUAUGAAAAGAGGCUUAAAUCUGCUUCUGCAGGCAAUGAUUGUUUAUUUUUUGGGGUGGGAGCCCAGGCCAUUACUGAAAUAAGAUUGUACGUAGAAUUUGCAAGCAAGGCAUUGUGAUUUAUGCAAGCUGAGUAUUCCCUGAAGCGAGGCUUGGAAAAUGAGGCAAGAACAGGACCCCACUAACGUGAUUUAUGUGCUUCACCAUCACCAACUUAAAUGGUGUAUACUUUACCUGCGUUCUCCAUGCUUAUUACUGGACAACUUUUUUCGUAGGGAAAGGUAUUGUUCAUAGAUAAAGUCAGUCAGGCUAACUCAGACAAAAAAGGAUCCAAUGCAUUUGGGCCUCCCUACUUUCUCAAAUGUCACAGGUGCUGUUAUUCUUUAUCAUUGAGAUCCUUAAUAGGAAUUGUUUCCUGCCGAACAGAAAUGCAAGUCAUAAUAAAUACAGAAAAUAUGAUUGAGUUAACAGCUUGUACAAUUGUAUGAAA